CCGCCUUCAGUCCCGGAGCAGAACGGAACCAACCGGAGAGCCGUCACCUCAGUGCGUAAAAGCGCGGCGCGUCCUGUGAGCGCUACCGGCUCAGAGCGCGCACCAGCUUUGAUGCGCGCCGCAGGUUGGACUCACCUGGACUGAGCAGGUAACAUGUGACCUGGUCUGGUCCUCUGGAAGCGGAGGACCAGCGGGGAGCUUCGGUUCGGGUCUCGCCUCAUGAUGGGACGCUUCGGCCGCCGCCCGCCGCCAGGAUGAACCGGAGGAGCCCCAGAGCGCACGACUUCCUGCUCAAGUUCCUGCUGGUGGGCGACAGCGACGUGGGGAAGGGAGAGAUCCUGGAGAGCCUGCAGGACGGAGCCUCCGAGUCCCCGUACGGACACGACAUGGGCAUCGACUACAAGACGACCACCAUCCUCCUGGACGGGAGACGAGUCAAACUGCAGCUCUGGGACACGUCUGGUCAGGGACGGUUCUGCACCAUCUUCAGAUCUUAUUCCAGAGGAGCUCAGGGAGUCCUUCUGGUUUAUGACAUCACCAACCGCUGGUCCUUCGAUGGAAUCGAUCGCUGGAUCAAAGAGAUAGACGAGCAUGCCCCGGGGGUCCCUAAGAUCCUGGUGGGAAACCGGCUCCACCUGGCCUACAAGCGUCAGGUGACCACGGACCAGGCCCGGGUCUUCGCCCAGAAGCUUGGUGUCACGUUCUUCGAGGUCAGUCCGCUCUGCAACUUUAACGUCACCGAGUCCUUCACCGAGCUGGCCCGGAUCGUCCUCAUGAGGCACGGCAUGGAGCGGCUCUGGAGGCCCAACAGAGUCUUCAGCCUCCAGGACCUGUGCUGUCGCUCCAUCGUCUCCUUCACUCCGGUCCACCUGGUGGAGAAGCUGCCGCUGCCUCCAACCCUCCAGUCUCACCUCAAGUCGUUCUCCGUGGCGACCGGCCUGAACGCCCGCAUGAUGCACGGACGCUCGUACUCUGUGGCCGGGCAGCACGGCGCCUCCCGAAGGACCAAACCCAAACCAAUCCCACUGACCAGCCCGUCCGCUCAGAGCUGCAGGAACGGCUGCAAGGUUUCCUAACGACAGCAAACUCACCGCGGUGUGUUCAGGGCCUGAAGGCGUCGGAGGGAAGGUUCUGAUCCAGAGGGAAAAAAUUUUUUAAAACUGCUUCAAACUACAGGAAAUUAGAAAAACUAAACCGUCUGGAACUGGUGAGAACAAUCUCUGGGUUCAACAUGUCGAAGUUUUAGUUUCACCUGAAAAACUGGAGCAGCUGACUUCACGUAAACAACAGUAAACAACAAUAAACAACCGUAAAUGACAAUAAACAACCGUAAACAACAAGACACGACAGUCAACAGCAGAAAACAACAAUAAACAGGAAACAAGGUUAAACAACAAUAAACAAGAGUUCACAACAGUUAACAAAAACAAACAAUAAAUUACAAUAAACAACAAAAAUCAGGAAACAAGAGAAAACAGCAGGAAACAAUAACAACAGUAAACAAUAAACAACAGGAAACAACAAUAAACAGGAAAUAAACAGCUAACAAUAAACAACAGGAAACAAUAAUAAACGGGAAAUAAACAGUUAACAAUAAACAACAGGAAACAGGUGUAAACAACGUAAGAUUUGUUUUUUGAAAAUAUUUUUGUGGAAACAUUAAAACUUUAUGUGAGAAUAUCCGACACUUAUUUCUGAACAUCGUAGAACAACUACUAUAAAAUGUUCUCAAAAUAUUACUUUUUUCUCACGUUUCGACUUUUAAAGACUUUCUGAGAAUUUUCUUUGUCCAAAUAUUACAGUCUGAAAAUGUCAGUUUUAUUCUUGAAACAAACUUUUUCACAUAAAACACUUUAUUCUGAAAAUAUCACAACUUUUACUCUCAAAAAUAUACAUUUUUUCCCCAGACUUUCAACAGUAAAAUUUUAAUAUUUCUUAAAUCUUUAAAUGUCACAUAUUUAUGAAUUCCCUCCUCGUAAAAUCAGAUUACUGUUGAAAUAUUCCAUCUUUUAUGGGAUAUUCCAGCUGUUUUCUCUCUAUUGUGAACUUUUCAGGUUCGUGUUUUCUUUGCCAACGGUGACCUGAUGAAACUCCAUCAGACUUCAGAGAAGAAGAGACUUUUAAACUUUCUGCUGUGAUUAAAAUGUGUUUUUAUAUUUUUAUUGAGGCCUGUAAUGAAUCACAAACUGAAGACGAGGAGAUCUGAGGUAAAUAAACGACAUUAGGCCUCAGACUGGUUUGAUUUCAGGUGAAUCUUCCUUCAUGUUUACACUCUGAACCUUCUCCUUGUGUUUUAUUGAACCUCCUCUGUGUACAAUAUUUGUACGUGUUGUAAAUACGCUGUUUGAUAUGAUGAAGAUGAACAGGCCGUUCCAGUGUUUCAGGUCACGUUUCUAAGAUGCAUCUUUACAAUAAACUUUAUCCUUCGUCA